AAAUAAUAUUAAAACAUCGUGGCGAUCCUUUGGGCUUUUUCUGCCUUAAAAUAGAGCCAUGUAACCAUUAUAAAGGUGUCGAGAUUACUUUGUACAUUGUAAUAGUACCUCAGAGGCAGGGCGGGUCAUUGUGCUACCACAGAUGACUGGACAGAAAUACACAUGCGUCAUCCAUAAUUUAUUCCCUGCACCAUCAAUUAAUAGCCGGUCACAAGGUUUAGAGCAUGGUCAUUUUAAAUAGCACAACCUGGUUCACAAUAGCCCACCAUUAAUAAACAGCAACAGCAGUGAAAGGAAAUCAGACCAGUCCAGACAGUUACACGAGGUGUCGUAUAACAGUAGUCACGCCACAGUCAAAUCAGGUCGCCCUUGCUCUUAUCUUCUAUUUUCUGUUGGGGGGCAGAUAAUGUUACAGAUUUACAACUUUAUUUCUGUUGCUAGCAAAGUCAUGCAAGCGAAGAACCAUUGAAUGAUAUUGGUUAUGUGAUUUUAUUUACCGCCCGUGUUUUCAAGAGAGUCAUUUAGAUUAAUUUCCUUUGAUUUCCUGAAAUACAAUAGCAGCGAGUAAAAAUAUUUGAGAGGGCACCAUGCUGCAGAAAGAUUAGAAGCCUAGCCGCAGCAGGAAGUAAGAGUCUUGAGAGUGAGAGGGCAGAGGCAGAGGUAACAGUGUAACAGUCCUUCGGUUUGAGAUGCAACAUAGUAGGAUACAGUGUUGUUUUUGGAUUCGGCUGUUCACUUGAGUGAGGCUUUUGGACAAGACCGGAACUUUGAGACACUGAACAGCCUGGAACCCGGGUUGAACGUAACUAGCUGAAAGGUUAAGGUUAUUAAUCACUUCAGUGGCAAAGUGUCUGUCCUUUUAACUUCAGAAGAAUUUGGGAAUUGCUCAUUUCAAAAGGUUACGUAUUUGGGUCACAUCUCCAAACAGAACCACUGACCUCCUCUAAGUAAAAGUUGCGAUCUGCCUGGAGUGGAAUGUAGGAUGUCACCAGAGCUAUUUUGGCUAUCUACACCCACUAAUGAUUGUGAUCGCAGAGCCCGACGGGGAGCAGUUGCUUUGCUUUACUUUUUUUCCCAACCGCCAACAAUUAUCAUGCAGCGCACCUCAGUGCUGCAGGGGUUAGAGAGUUAAACGAAUGGCACACCAGCUCCGUCUGGAUUUCGCGUCAAAGAGAAGCCACACCGACCCGCUGUCAGAGUGUCUCAGCAGCCAUGGUGAGGAGAGUGGAGUCAUUUUGUCAGCUGAUAGCCUCGCAGAGAGUCUGGCGCACAGUUCUCUACACUUCAAGGUGACUUCGCUGUCACCUGACCAUGGAAAUUUACAUCGCUAUUCUUCAGUGUUGAUACCCAGGGUUAAAACAAAAGGAUGUAGUCAAAAAAGCAUUGUGCAGAUCUCGCUACAGCCCUGCGCCACGCUCAAUGGAGACCCGGAUGGCACUGUGGGGGAUGGAGACCCUGGGACUAUUGAAAAAGGAGCGGUUACAGGCUCAGAUGGGGGUUCGUGUAGCAGCAGUAUGGCCAGCGAUGCCGGAUACUGGAGUAGCAACAGUAUCUUUGAGUCAGAGGCUCCAGAAAAACACAGGACUACCCAAGAGAAGAGUGUUCUCUGCUGCAAGUCCAAAGUUCCCCUGAGACGUUGUUCCUCCUUGGUUAUUUUCCCCAAGAGCCCCUGCAGCACCCCACCUGCUUCUCCGGUAAACCCAGUUGCUUUUCCUGCUCUGCUUGAAACAAGAGCCCCUCUCCAGACAUCUGCCACUGAUUCCUCACGGGAUGACGAGGAAGUGACUUGGAAAAAAGAGUUUUCUACAUCUACAAGUGGCCUACAUUGUCUCAAGGGAAACCCUACAUCUGAGUGUCGGGACAGUAAACAUAUGGUACACUUAAAUGUUCCCUUCCAAGACGAAUCUAAAUACAAAGUGGUGGACAGGACUGAUACGAUGGAGCAGUUAUCAUCUCAUGAUAACUCUCAUCAUUGCUCAAGAAGCGUUCUGCUACACUUUGCCCAUCAGAGACCAGUUCCGGCUGGGAAAGGAGCAGCGUCAUCGUGCAAAGUCAAUACGGAAUGGCUUGAUGCUCCCUACUCAGUUGCAGAGCCUGAGACUGAGCGCGACACUAAGAGAAAAUUGUACCGUAGUACCUCGGCUUGUUUGUUCUCAUCUGUGAAACCGUCAGAGGAAAAAUUAUGCGGCUUAGCAAAGGGGCGAGAAAAGUUCGAGAAAAACCAUGGCCACCGUGCCAUACAACGCAGCUUUUCCCUGGAGGUGCCCUAUCCUAACACUGGGAUUUCAUGUCAUGUUUCAAACACAAAACUUGGUAGUACGUGCUCUCCGCACGUGCAUAUUCAUCUGUCUCCAUGCUGUCCAACUAAGUUACCGAGCUUGCCGAAUGAUACAGACGCAAGCUGCAAAGGGAACAGUGCUGCAAAGAAUUUAAGUCCAAGUGCUGAGACACGUGAUGACUUUCUGGGACAGGUGGAUAUUCCUCUCAGCCAGAUACCAACAAAUAAUUCACCUAUUGCAAGGCCAUACACAUUCAAGGAUUUUGUGCUUCAUCCCAGAAGUCACAAGUCCAGAGUUAAAGGCCAUCUGCGACUCAAAAUGACCUACAUGCCAAGAAACCCCGGUUCAGGCGAGGAAUCAACAGAUCAAAGUGACAGCACUGAUCCUGCAUGGGACUUUUUGGAAUCUCAGGACACGUCAGGCCCCAUGCAGAGCGAGCAAACACCUGUUCUGCCGCCUGGCUGGGAGGAGCGUCAGGACAACCUGGGAAGAACCUUCUAUGUCCACCACGAGAGCAGAACCACACAGUGGAGGGCACCGACGUUACAUGACAGUAAUGCAGACACAAGGCGACAAAACAGUGCAAGGCAGAGGGCGGAGAAUUAUAUUACACGCAGACAGAUCUCAGACCCCGAUGAGACCAGGACACAAGAUGAGGAAUGGGAGGUUUUUAGAGAAGAUGAAGUCCAUCCGAACCAGGGCACCCCGCUCACGUCGCCCUCACCUCAGAUUCCCCCUGCGAUACAAAUGAUGACUGAGGAGCUAAGAAACCUUUAUAGUCCAGGGGCCACAGCUCGUGAGCACCAGGUGGAUCAUGUAUGCAAUUCAAACCAUUCCAUUCGCACAAGAAGUUUUCACACAUCAGCAUCAGAAGAGCAUCCUGUUAAUUCAGCGCAUCAGACAUCUACGGGGCUGCCUCAAGGAUGGGAGGAAAAGAGGGACACUAAAGGAAGACGCUAUUAUAUCAAUCACAAUACCCGAACCACCUCAUGGAUACGACCCCACUUGCAGAGAACAAAUUCAACACCAAUAGUUCCACACAAUAGUGCGAGUACACCAUCCAUACCGCCUGCGUCCCAUGAAGUAUCUACCCAGAACACUGCCAGCCCGGAAGCCGCCACUGCAUCUGGCUCCAUGCCGGUUGGCUGGGAGGUCCGCAGCGCUCCCAAUGGAAGACCCUUUUUCAUUGACCACAAUACAAAAACGACUACCUGGAAAGAUCCCAGGCUUGUGACUCCUGUUCAUGUGAGGAGGAGAACCUCACUUGAUCCUUCUGAUCUUGGGCCAUUGCCACCUGGUUGGGAGGAGAGGGUCCACUCAGAUGGGAGGAUAUUCUACAUUGAUCACAACACUAAAAUCACACAGUGGGAUGAUCCUAGAUUACAAACUUCUGCAAUAACUGGACCAGCAGUGCCUUAUUCCAGAGAUUAUAAACAGAAGUAUGACUACUUCCGCAAGAAGCUGGAGAAACCAGUCAACAUCCCGAAUAAAUUUGCGAUGAAGGUGAGACGAAAUGCAGUACUGGAGGACUCGUACCGACAAAUUCUCCUAGUUAAGCGGCCGGACUUGUUGAAAGCACGACUGUGGGUGGAGUUUGAGGGUGAAAAGGGUUUGGACUAUGGCGGUUUGGCCCGAGAGUGGUUCUUCCUCAUGUCCAAGGAGAUGUUCAACCCCUACUAUGGGCUCUUUGAAUAUUCUGCCACGGACAACUAUACACUGCAGAUUAAUCCCAACUCAGGUCUAUGUAAUGAGGACCACCUGACUUACUUCAAGUGCAUUGGCCGAGUGGCAGGCAUGGCAGUCUGGCAUGGAAAACUGCUUGAUGCUUUCUUCAUCCGACCUUUUUACAAGAUGAUGCUGCAGAAACCCAUCACCCUGCAGGACAUGGAGUCUGUCGACAGUGAAUAUUUUAAUUCACUCAAGUGGAUUUUGGAGAAUGAUCCAACUGACCUGGAUUUGAUGUUCACCAUUGAUGAGGAACUUUUUGGACAGACUCACCAGCAUGAGCUCAAGCCCGACGGUGCAGAGAUUGUCGUCACUAAUGAAAACAAGAAGGAAUACAUCCAUCUUGUGAUGCAGUGGCGCUUUGUAAACCGUAUCCAGAAGCAGAUGACUGCCUUUAAGGAUGGAUUCUUUGAGUUGAUCCCUCAAGAUCUGAUCAAGAUCUUUGAUGAGAAUGAGCUCGAGUUGCUCAUGUGUGGUCUGGGAGAUGUGGAUGUGAACGACUGGAGACAGAACACCAAGUACAAGAGUGGCUACAGCGCUGAUCACGUAGUUAUCCACUGGUUCUGGAAAGCAGUGCUGGUGAUGGAUGCCGAAAAACGAAUUCGUCUUUUGCAGUUUGUGACGGGAACCUCCAGAGUGCCGAUGAACGGUUUUGCUGAACUCUACGGAUCUAACGGGCCGCAGCGGUUCACCAUUGAGCUGUGGGGAACGCGCGACAAACUGCCCCGAGCGCACACAUGCUUUAACCGUCUGGACCUUCCACCCUAUGAGUCCUUCGAGGAACUGAGGGAGAAACUUCACAUCGCCAUCGAGAAUGCACAAGGCUUUGAAAUUGAUUAGUCACUUCAGUGACACAAAAUGGGAAGCUAUGUGGUGCCGGAUGUUGUGAUCACGGCCAGCAGUUGUGAGACGCACGAAGGACUGACAACUCUUGAAACGACAAUGUCUGGGGUGACAGGUGUCGUAUCUCUACAAGUGUUCUGAAGUUUACAAAUCAGAGUCUUUUCACCUCAAGUGAAAUGACAAACACUAACCAUGAGACCAGAGCCAUAUUGAGGCUUUUCAAGGCCUCUCUGGAAUCGCUGCCUUCUGUCCGAUCAUCUAUAUUAUAAUUUUGAAACCAGUUUAUAGUUUUGUUUUUUGUUCAUGUGAUGCAGAUUUAAAUCAAAUUAUAUAUUUUUUUAAUGGCCAUUUGUGGGCCGAGCAACGUGGGACCCUGUGCAAGCCUUUGCAUUAUUCCGACCCUGCAUGAGACUUUCAUAUAACCAGACAAUAUGUUUCAUGCUUUUGUUUUCACGUCACUUUUUUUGAAAGGUGUCCUUUCUACUUCACUUUAGUUAAGUAGGGUCAUGUACAAAGUAAAGAGAUAAUUGUGUAAAUAAUACAACUCUUGUGGGUUCAGGUGUGGAAUCACCGCCUGCAUCUAUUUGUUAUUUAAAACCAAACAAAGACAUGACGGCGAAGUCGUCCACAGUGAUGCCUUGAGAUUAAAAUUCAAAUCAUAUAGUGACCAUCCUUGUAACUCAAAAUGCUGACAUUUCAAAUCAUCUUUCCACAUUGAAAUGAAUGGGCAUGCCAUUAAUCCAUCAUAUUUUCCCAACCAAAAUAACCCCCCAAAACAUUUUGAAAUGUAAUUUUUAAUGAGAAAAAAUGGCACUCUGUAAUAUUGUACUUCAUAAAAAUACAAAGUAAUGAUAUCAUUCAAUAGAAUAUAAAAAAAUUAAACUGUUUCUGUCACACUGCUAAACUACUGUAUUCUGAUGCUCCUUCUGGUCUGCAUGCUUUGGCCACCGGGGGGCAGUAAUAAUACAGGCAUUCAGAUAGACAUGAAGAAAGUUCAAUUAAACCAUAUUAAUACUUGUUGUUUUUUUCCACAAAGGAUACAGGCUAUAUACCAAUGAAUAUUGUUAUAUCUAUUUACAUGUGUUGUUCCACCAUCAAUAUUUAAAUGUUCAUUGUUUGAAGCAUUCUCACACCACCACAUGCAAAGGUGAAGCUAUUCGUUAGCCCAUCUGAGGCAUUUCCCAUGUUUUAGCAUUAAGCUAGCGGACCUAAAGGCUAAAUUGUGUGGUCGCUUACAAUACGCAAUUGUUUUCUUUGGUUUGAAAAUAAACUUCAACUGAGGAUGUCUACAAACAGCUUGAUGCCCCUUUUUGAUAGAAUUGUUCACUUCUCUACCACGGUGUUGUUGCCAGCUUCGCAAAACAAAAAAAAAUCAUCCAAACGACGGCUCAUAUCUCAAGGCACCACUGUAUUCUUUAAUUAAAAUCUACUCCGACAUUGAAGUCUUUUUGCCUUAAAAAAUAAUCUACUAAAUGUGUAACAACUUUAAAAAAACGGAUUGUUUCAAUUAUCUUGUAUACAUGCUUUUACAUUAUUCAUUCCAGUAUAUUAGACACUUUGAGGUGGGAAGUGUAUGCGCCUUAAAUAAAAAAAAAUCUGUGGGUUAUGUGCAAGUAAGCCAACUACAUAUAAGUACAGUAUAUGGGUUGAAAAUGUACCAAUGCCAGGACCAGUUCAAUGCUCGACAGAUUCUCGUCCACAUCUGUGUCUAUGUACAGAUGCAAAGAGGUUUGAGCAUGUUACAAUCCUAUGCAUCGUAUGCCUCUGUUAUUACAUGCAAAACUUUUGCCUCCUACAAAAUGAUGAAGCUUUUACUAUGGCUGCACAAGUCACUCAAGUUUAAAAAAAAAGAAAACAGUCAUUGGUGCACAGCUGCAAAACUCAACCUUUUAUUUCUUUUUUUAUCUUGCCUUCUGCUUAUUGUCAUAUCGUAUACAAAUCUGUCUACUGUACGGGAGUAAGAUGUAUGAUUAUUUUUUUUUGCUGGACGGUAGCAUGCAAAAACAUGUGAUUGAAUCAUUUAUCAGGACUCGAAAUACAGCGCUCAACUUAAAGCAAAGUUUAUGUGCGCUGACGAACAAUGUACUGUUCAUGUCAUAUUGUUUAUUCAAGAUGGACUUGUCAUACCGUGGUAUUCGUUGUAAGUUUUUCAUCAAUAUUUUAUUGUUCUUGUCACGGACACCAAGGCCAUAUGACGCUUUUAUAAAGUUACGCACUUUGUUCGUAUCAACGAGUCUUACUUCUGAACUGCCAACUGCGAACUUCUGAAAAUGAUCCUCUGCUUCGAGUGCACCUGUUGAAAUGUUUACAUGUGAACAUUGCUGAAGUUUAGCUCAUUCUCUUCUUUCUAUGUCGUAUUCAAAAUUCUAUAUAUAUAUAUAUAUACAGUAAUCACGUCUUUUUGUCAUAGAUAUCCAUUAUGUUCUAAUUCUGAAAAGCAAGGACUGUUAAAUGUGUUAAAUUUGUCUAUGAGAUAACACAUGGAAUAACAUUUACUUUCAAAUGUCACCUGUAAGUGCAUUAUAGCAAAUGUUCAUGCUACAUAAUGUAUAUUAAAACACUUUAAAGCAUGGAAUGAAAUGUAGUUUUGAAAAAUUUAAAUUGCUGAUACCACAAACAAAUACAGAUAUAUUUGACUAAUAAAGAAAUGUGAAACCAA